AUGGCGUCUUCAAGCGUGUGUCGGCGGCCAGCUUGCCCCUCAAAGGCCUUCAACCUGCAAUCGAGAGGUGCAAGCUUGGACACCACAGCGGCGGGGAGUGUGCAGUGGAGUUCCUACAGUUCAAGCUCGGCAAGCUGCGCGGGGCACGCGUCGCCUGUCCUUGACACGUCCUCCACGUUGAUAUAUCUUGACUGGGACGACACACUGUUUCCAUCCACCGAGAUCUUCGACCGCUGGGGAGUACGACACGAGGGUGAUGCAAUCUCCGUGACAGAGGAGCGGGCCGAGCUCCUGCGUGCCUGGAGCGAGGCUCUGCAGCGCUUCCUGAAAGCUUGCAUGGAAUACUCGGGAUCCUGUGUCAUUGUCACCAACGCACAAAGCCCCUGGGUCGAGGAAUGCCUGCGACGGUUUGCGCCGGAGCUCAUCCCUCUAUUUGCCUGCCCAGGGGGUCCCACUGUCUUGUAUGCCAAAGAGGUUCUCAGGGCCUUGCGGUUGCGCAAGAAGGUGAGACACCAGGAUGACAGCGUGAUCCCCGCAAAGCAUGUGGAUGCUUAUUGGGACGAUGAGGAUACCCAGCGCUUCAAGUUCGUCGAGAUGUCAGCCUCGAAGUUCCAUGCAAUGAAGCUGGAAUUUCUGGAAUUCUUUAGUGGGCGGGAAGGACACUCUCGCCGAAACAUCAUCAAUUUUGGCGACAUGGAGUAUGAACAUGAAGCUGUGAGAGAGCUUGGGAUGCGAAUGUCUGAACUUCAGCCAGAACCUCACGUCAAGUCCUUUCUUCUGCCAGAAGCGCCGAAGAUCAGCGAGUUGACGGUUCGCUUGGAGUUGCUUCGCUUACUGCUGCCUGCAAUUGUCAGUCACAGCAGCGACAUCGAUCUCGACUUGAAGGAAUCACCUGUUCCCAUGAAGCUGCUGUCGAAGGCCUUGAGGCUACCUGAGCUUGGCCAAGUGGAUCUGGCUCAUGCAUGGGGCGAUGGCCCAACACCUUCGACAGAGGAGGUCGCCAGCUGUCUUGUGGAGGUGGCCAUGGCGUUGCAAACUUCGUCCGCAUGA